AUGGCGACAAUAUUUUAUGUAAACGAAAAUAUUAAUCCAAUCGAUGAAUAUUAUAAAAUUAAUAACAAAACACUUUUAUCGUCUGAUAAAUUGAAACAAUUAACUGGAGUUAAACUAGAAAUUAUUGACAAAAUAUCGUUUAAAAACUUUGAAAACGAUAACAACUUAUCAGAUAUUUGUGGUAUAAUACCUGUCAAUUAUGUGCACAGUUAUGACAGCACUGAUAUUACCUGUGAAAAACAUAGCCCUGAGCCGGAACACUUUCAUUUGGAUAAUGAGAUAAUUGUGAUGCAAACUGGUAUCGGAUUUUUGUUGGUCCGCACAGUUGGCGAUGAAUUGAUUUGCAUUGUUAUGACAAAGGGCUACAAACUGACACUACCGGCCGGUUGUAUACAUAGUUUUCGGUGUCAGUUCACUGAUAAAUAUAGAUAUCAUACGGUUUGUGGUCCCUGUUUUGAACCGGAUAAAGAGCACCGGGUCUAUUUGGAUUAUCAACAACAUUUUAUCCACUAA